GAUACCCACAUAUGGAAAAUGUCGAAAGUAGGCCUCUCGUGGAUAUCCAGGUCUGCCUUCACUUAGGGCGGGCACAAUGCUUGCUGGGGGCCACAGCCCAGAACACUUGCAUGUCAGUGAGGGCCCCGUGAGGGCUCAUUCCUCGCAGAAGAUUUUAUGGGCCACGGCAGGCCCUGCAGCAAAUGCUGCACCAGCCGCCGCAGGCGCUGCAGCAAAUGCUGCACCAGCUGCAGCAGGGCCUGCAGCACCUGCAGCAUCAGCUGCCGCACUAGCUGCAGCACGGCCUGCUGCGGCAUCUGCAGCACGUGAUGCUGGACCAGAUGCUGCAACUGCAGGAGGUGUUGCUGAAGCAGCAGCUGCGGCAUCUGCAACAUGUGCUGCUGCAGCAGGUGAUGCUGCAAGUGCUGCUGCAGUGGCAGCUCCAGGAGUUGCUGCUGCAGCACCAGCAGCUGGGGCAUGUGCAGCAGGUGCUGCUACAGCAGCAGCUCGAGCAGGUGCUGCUGCUACUGCUGCAGGAGGGGAAAAAAGGAAACAGAACGGGAAAAAAAAAACGAAGAAGAAGAAUGGGGGAGGAGGUGGAGGGAAGAGGUGGCGGAGGAGGUGGAUGCAGGAGGUGGCGGGAGCCGGGCGAGAGGAGGGCGGGAGGGGGAGGAGGACGUUGAGGAGGUGGCAGGAGGAGGCUGGAGACGCAGCCACGCUAAUCUUCUCUGUCUCGAUUGAGGAGGAGGAGGAGGACGACGAAGAAGAAGAGGAGGAGGAGGAGAAGAAAAGAAGGAAGAUGAGGAGGAGGAGGAGGAGGAUGACGAAGACGAAGAGGAGGGGGAGGAGGGGGAAAGGAGGAGGAGGAAAGGAGGAGGAGGAAAGGAGGAGGAGGACGAGGACGAGGAGGACGAGGAAGGAGGAGGGGGAAAAGAAGGACGAGGAUGACAAAGACGAAGUGGAAGACGAGGAGGAGGAGAAGGAGAAGGAAAAAGAAGAAGAGGAGGAUGAGGAGGAGGAGGAGGAGGAGGUGCUCACGACAGGGGGAAGAGGGGAGAAGGUCGCGCAAGGCAGGGGUGAUGGCGAUGUCGAAGAGGAGGGGAGGUGUCGCGAUGUGGGAGCAGACUUCGCGCACGGGAGGGCGAGUCUAUGGCGAAGGGGAGGGAGGUGAACGGCGGCUUUUUUUUUUCUUUCAUCCUUGCGCAACGGCCAUGAUAAUCUUCUGUGUGUCUAUGGAAGAGGAGGAGGACAAUGAGGAAGGGGAGAAGGAAGAAGAGGAGGAUACGGCGGCCUUCUUUUUUUCUUUCAUCCCUGCACAACGGCCAUGAUAAUCUUCUCUGUGUCCCCUUCCUCGUUGUCCUCCUCUUCCAUAGACACACAGAAGAUUAUCAUGGCCGUUGCGCAAGGAUGAAAAAAAANAAAAAAAAAAAAAAAAAAAAAAAAAAAAAAAAAAUCCAAAGAAAAUCUAAGGAAACAAAUCUAACUUAAAAAA